UUCACAUCAGCUGUUUCACAGAAUUUGGAAAUCAAAGCAUUCAAACAAAUCAAAAGCAAACCGAAAAGAGAAAGAAAAUAAUCAAAGUGCCGCAUAAUUUUGGAAAGUCGGCAUUAUCAAAACAAUGUCUGCUUUAAUAAAACCAUCGGGCACACGUAAUUUGCGUCUGCUUUUCAAGCAGCUUCAUGCUGUGCGUGCAAUUUGCGUUAGUUCGAAGUGCUACACGGAUGACCAUGCACAAAAACCGAAAUCCUCUGCAGAACAUUAUGACAUCAUAAUUGGUGGUGGUGGACUCGUCGGCACAGCACUCGCAGUUGCUUUGGGCAAAAAUAAAGUUUUAAAUGACAAACGGAUAUUAUUGCUUGAGGGCGCACCGCCUUUCAGAGGCUUCAAUGUCGAAGCGCAAUAUGGCAACCGUGUCUCCGCUAUAAAUAAUAAUAGUGURGAACUAUUCCAAUCUAUCGGCGCUUGGGAUUACAUGGAAGAACGUAGAGUAAAACAUGUUAAACAGAUGCAAGUGUGGGAUGCAUGUAGUGAUGCCUUAAUCAAAUUUCAAGAUGAACAUUUCGCCGCUGAUGUUGCUUGCAUUAUUGAAAAUGACUUGAUGUUGGAUGCUCUGUAUGCACAAUUGGCCGAUAACACAAAUACGCAAAAUGUGGAGGUGCGUAACAAUUCGCGCAUUGAAGGCGUACAACUUUCAGUAGACACUGGCGAUAAAUACUCGCAAGUGCACCUUAAAGAUGGCAAAACAUUAACAUGUGAACUACUGAUAGGCGCUGAUGGCGCCAAUUCAUUGGUGCGUAAACAAAUGAAUAUCGAUGUAUUUAGUUUGGAGUAUCAACGUCGUGGAGUGGUAGCCACCGUGCAAUUAGAAGACCCUUGUGAUAAUACGGUGGCCUGGCAACGUUUCUUACCAACCGGCCCGGUAGCUUUACUACCAUUAAGCGACACACUCAGUUCGGUGGUGUGGAGUACAACUAUUCCACAUGCUAAACAUCUGUUGGAAUUGUCUGAGGCUGAUUUCACUAAAGCAUUAAAUGAGGCUUUUUUCAAGGAAUACCCCAAGAAUGGAGUUGUUGUCAAUGCAAUGAAUACAUUAAAUUCGAUUAUUGGACGUAAUCCCGAUAUGCUGAGGCAAUAUCCGCCUGCCGUAAAUGGUGUUAUAGAGAAAUCACGUGCAUCAUUUCCUUUAGGCUUUUUACAUGCCUCAUCAUAUGUAUGCACCGGUGCAGCUUUGAUUGGAGACGCUGCUCAUCGGGUACAUCCACUCGCAGGUCAAGGUGUGAAUUUAGGGUUCAGUGAUGUGCGUGAACUUGUUAAAGUGCUUUCUGAGGCGGCGUACGCUGGUGCAAAACUCAGUGACAAUCAUUACCUUAUUAAAUACGAGCAACGUAGCUUGUCUAAGAACGUGCCUAUAAUGGUGGGUGUGCACGGUUUGCAUACACUCUACUCGACCACAUUCACACCGGUGGUUUUGCUGCGCAGCUUAGGUUUACAGCUCACAGACACUAUUUCGCCUAUAAAAAAUUUGUUUAUGAAACGUGCUAUCGGCUAAACACUUUAUCGCUUUACCAAUGAUAUAUCAAUUUUUGUAUUUUAGAUAUUUAGAAAUGUUCUGCUACUUUGGUUAUAAAUAAAACACGAAAUUAAUAAGAUUUGUGGAAAA